UGAGGCACACAGAUCACCGCGUGGAACACAUUCCGGUUGGAACUGCGACAAGCGAAGGCUUUCUCGGAGAUACGUUUGUUUUAAACUUGGUGAAAAAGCUUCAGAGAUGCUUGUUUUAUUUGAAACCGCUGCUGGUUAUGCAAUAUUUAAAGUCCUCGAUGAGUCAAAGCUCCAAGAGGUGGACAGUUUAUGGAAGGAGUUCGAAACUCCGGAGAAGGCCAACAAAGUGGUGAAGUUGAAGCACUUUGAGAAAUUCCAGGACACAACAGAGGCCUUGGCAGAGUUGCCCCUGUUAUUGUGAAGUGGAAACGUUUAGGAGCAACAUCGGCCCAGCAACAACGGCCGCAACGUGGUAGACCAUCAGGACACAGAUGGAGUCCCUGAUCACUGGGCUGCCCCCGGGAGAUCAGCGCCAUGUCUCUGGGACUGGCUCACAGUUUGUCCCGCUACAAGCUGAAGUUCAGCCCUGACAAAGUGGAUACCAUGAUCGUUCAAGCUAUCUCUCUGCUGGAUGACCUGGACAAGGAGCUCAACAACUACAUCAUGCGCUGUAGGGAGUGGUACGGCUGGCACUUCCCUGAGGUGGGGAAGAUCAUCACUGACAACCUGGCCUACUGCAAGAGUGUCCGGAAGAUAGGCGCUCGUACCAACGUGGCAACCACCGACCUGUCUGAGCAUCUGCCCGAGGAGGUGGAGGCAGAGGUCAAACUGGCUGCAGAGAUCUCCAUGGGAACGGAGGUGUCAGAGGAGGACAUCGGCAACAUCAUGCACCUGUGUGACCAGGUGAUAGAGAUUACAGAGUACCGCACCCAACUGUACGACUAUCUGAAGAACAGGAUGAUGGCUAUGGCUCCCAACCUGACUGUCAUGGUGGGGGAACUGGUCGGGGCACGGCUCAUCUCACACGCUGGGUCCCUGUUGAACCUGGCCAGGCACCCGGCCUCCAUAGUCCAGAUCCUGGGAGCAGAGAAGGCCCUGUUCAGAGCCCUGAAGAUGUGCAGAGACACGCCCAAAUAUGGUCUCAUCUACCACGCCUCUCUGUUGGGACAGACCUCGGCCAAGAACAAGGGCAAGAUCAGAAGAAUCAGUGGAACAGGCAAAGCCAUGGCCUAUGACGUGAAGGUGUAUGACCCCUCCGGAGACUCCACCCUCCCCUCUGUUUCCAAGAAGAGGAAGUUUGAGGAGGUGGAGGAGGAAGAGGUGGCCACACCGGUGACAGUCAAAACCAAGAAAUCCAAGAAAGAACCUGUGGAAGAACCAGCGGCGUCAACGGCAGCAGAAGAAACUCCCAAGAAGAAGAAAAAGAAGUCUAAGAAAGCCGAAGAGGAGGCGAUGGACGUAAAGGAAGAGGAGGCGACAGUCUCUCCCACAGAGGAAUCGUCAAAGAAGAAGAAAAAGAAGAAAAAGGUCAAGGAGGAAGAGGGAGAUUAAACUGGUUGGGGAGAAACUGUAUUAUAUUAGGACUUUUAGUUGUCGUCGUAUCUACCAGGACCAGACUGACUCGUAUCAGCCUGACCGUUUAUAGACUAGAGAACUGGAGACGGCGGUUAUUUCAGGAUGACCAGCAGCUGAUCUGUUAUGAGACUUGAUGAUGGUGUAUAAAUCCUCCUGUGGAUUUGAGUUUAAGAUGAACCUUUAGUUUACUGUAACCUCUUAUUACUAAUCAACUAAAGACCCAAUAGACUGUCUACAAUAUCAGUAUCAAUGUCCAUGUUAAAACACUUCCUCCACUGGUUUAACCACGACCUUGUUUAACAGAUGGGUUUUUCUGCUGUCUUGGUCCAGAAGUGAUUAAAUCCAUUUUCUCAGUCA